GAACUCUCAACCGAACACCACCCCGACUGAAACAGAGAAACAAUAUACAGGAUGACUGAACUCCCGGCCGAACACCACCCCCCACUGAAACAGAGAAACAAUAUACAGGAUGACUGAACUCCCGGCCGGACACCACAGACGACUAAAAUAGGGAAGCAAUACACAGGAUUAAUAAAUUCCCAUCUGAACACAAUGCACUAAUAAAUGAAAUUAAGAAAAAUAUUUUCUAAACUACUCAUAUAUCUGACCCCUUGCACAAGGUAAUCGGGAAAAAAUGUGUCUUAACAGAAAAGAGAUAGGAUCAUGUCUGACCAGAUUUUACCAUACAGUGCACGCUUAUACAAGAUCAAAUUAAACCACUGCUGUAUACAGAUUCAUGUGCUGUUAAGAUAAAAAUGCUGAUCAGAUUUUGCAUGUUUGUGACAGCUAGUGAUUUUUUAUACAAUGCCAUCAAUAUGACCAAAAAAUAACUAUAUCUGUAGAUGAUGUUAAUUUGUACCAAUAGACAAAUAGAUAAAUUUCAAACUACAUGCAUUAUUUGAUGUAAAAUAUUUAUGACAUCUUGGACAAACUAUAUAAGCAUAUAAUUCAUGUUUAUUUUGUAAUCAGAUGGUUAAUUAUGAGAAGCAUUGCAACUAAUUGGUAUCUCUUUUCAAGGAUCAAUCUUUAAAACCUUUCUUGACUAUAAAUAUUAUCAACUGAUUGAAGCAACAUAUAUAUAAAGCAACGAAAGUCAAGUUUAUUUUAUAUAACAGUUCUCACUAUCAAUAGAUAGGGCACCUGCUUUCAAUGGGAACCAAUACAAAUGUGAUUCUAGUUCUCAGCCCUUUAAACACAGUUCAUGCUUUCUCCCGAUCUGUCACAGUCUCCCAGCAUGGCGUUAUUUAACAGGCAGAUUACUCCCGAUAUUUUCGAGGUCACACUUGUUUAUCCAGCGAGACGACCAUAAUCUACCAAUCUCUAUACUGACCUCCAUACGCAGUUCUGUUCAGACCCAGAGACAUCUUAUCACAAUCAUGCAGUGUGUUCUGAAUUGUCACAUCUAGAUUCACCAGAAAAAAAACUUGUCAGCAUGAUACAAGGUUUGUAGAUCCAUGUUGUUCUACUGAGGGGUACAUGCUAAUCUGUAGAUGGUAAGAGAAAACAACUGCAAGUAGAAGCCAUGUUUGUUCUUAGUUCCAUUUUUCGACUUUUGAGUCGGUCGUCACAAAGAUACCUACACUACAGAUCCGCACUCCCUGUGGUCAGUGCAAGAAGUCAGUCCAAGACAAAAUAUGACAAACAUCAUAGAUCUACGAUAGCCAGACCGAUCUGGUCCAGUGCCGCUGUAGGGUCAGAGGGCAGGGGUACAUUCAAUAAUGUCAAACGCAGAACAGACCAGACCAAAAAGGCCUCCCUGGUGAUUUUUGACAAGGAUGGAACCCUUAUUGACUUCCAGUCCCUGUGGACUCCAUGGACCAAGAAACUGGUCCCAAGGAUUCAGGAGGCCACAGGUUUGACAGGGAUUGAAGGAAAAAUAUGUGACAUCCUGGGAUUUUGUUUGAAACAACAGAAGGUGGUACCUGGGAUGCUGGCUGAAGCCACCACCCCACAAAUCAAGGUUGAAAUGACAAAGAUGCUGGUUAGGGAGGGAUUACAGGAGACUGACGUCAAAGAAAUUCUUGACCGAGUCUGGACGGAGGGAAAUGUAAGAAAUCCCGAUGAACUGAAGAAAAUCGGAGAACUUGAAACACUGUUUAAAAUCCUGAAGAAAAACAAUGUCAGAAUAGCUCUCAUUACAUCAGACAACCGCAAAGGCACAGACGAGCUACUGGAUGAGCUUAAACUAACAGAGUAUUUUGAGUAUGUGAUCUGCGGGGAUGACCCAGAUUCUGAGCCCAAGCCAUCCCCUUACAACGCCCUAAAGAUCUGUAAGAAGCUAGGGGUUGACCCGGCAGACACAGUGAUGGUGGGGGACACUAAAACAGACAUGCUGCUGGGGAAGUCUGCCAAGCUGGGGUGGAGUGUGGGAGUACUGAGUGGGGUGGGGCAGAUUGGUGACCUACUUCCCCACGCUGACCAUAUUGUAGAGGACAUCGAGGACAUUCUGCCCAUCAUUCUGCCCUUUGAUGACUGGCAGAGUUCCUAUGUUUACUCUUCUAAUGACAGAUUUCUGGUGAAGCCUAAAGAUCAGGACCAUACUGGGGUCCCCUCAGUGAAAUCUCCCAUGGAUUUGGUGAUCUUUGACCUCCAUGGAACACUUAUCUGCAUUCACCGGAAAUAUCCAAAGUUUGUGGAGUUCUUCUGCUCCAGAUUGAAAAGGAUGACUGGAAUAGACAUGCUUGCCAAGUUAACAAAGCUACUGGGACUAAAUGAAGAUUCUACUCGGAUGAUGCAUGGGGUCCUGACUGAGGGUACACCAUCUGAGGCGAGAGGGGUGGUUGUUGAGGCGCUUCGAAGGGAAGGAAUUGCCUACCAGGAGGCCAUCAUGCUGGUUAACAAGAUAUGGACGGAGGGAGAAUUCAUCCUGAAGUCGGAGCCAACCCCACUCAGCUCAAAUCUAGAGGAAACUUUCAAGGAACUCAAACGAAAUGGAGUUAAGAUUGCCAUAAACACAGGAGAGCCUAGGGAAUUUGUAGUGCUAGAUCUGAUGAACCUUGGCCUAACUAACUACAUUGAUAUGCUGGUAUGUGGAGACGAUCCCAUCUCCCAAGCCAAGCCAUCAGGCCACAACACUCUCUUAAUCUGUAACGAGCUGAGUGUGAAUCCGUCAAAGACGGUGGUGGUUGGGGAUUCUGUAGGGGACCUUCAGAUGGGAGGCUCUGCCUUUGUGAUGAAGAAGAUCGGCGUAUUGUCUGGAGUAGGAAAUGAAGAGGAACUCAAACCUUACGCCGACUGCCUAGUUCCAAGCAUUGAAAACAUCAAUGAUAUCAUCCUAGAAAAGGGCAAAUCAGAAGCUACUGAUGGCUCUGGGGUGUCUGGCAAAGGUAGGGAAACAUUUUCAUGUUUUCAAAAAAGUAUUUUGUCCCCAGCUUUUGGUUCUGGUUCACAAAUGCACCAACCUCGCAGAAGCUUCUCAACUUCUAGGCCUUGCUCAGUCCACAUAGCCUCUGACACUGAGAGGUAUGACUUCAUCAUUGUUGGGGCUGGCUCAGCAGGUUGUACCUUAGCCAAUCGGCUGACUGCAGAUCGCAACAGAAAGGUGCUCCUACUCGAGGCAGGGCCAAGAGACUUGUGGCACUGGGACUCCUGGAAGAUUUACAUGCCUGCUGCUCUGAUGUACAAUCUGUGUGAUGAUAAAUACAACUGGUACUACCACACUGAGCCAGAGAAAGGAAUGAACAACCGUGUCAUGUACUGGCCCCGGGGACGUGUAUGGGGAGGGUCAUCUUCCCUCAAUGCCAUGGUAUACGUCAGGGGACACGCCUUUGACUACGACCGCUGGGAGAAGGAGGGAGCCACUGGCUGGUCAUAUGCCGAUUGUCUACCUUAUUUUCGUAAAGCUCAGACACAUGUGCUGGGAGCAAAUGACUACAGAGGAGGGGAUGGCCCUCUCCAUGUUUUCAGGGGAAGGUCAAAAAAUCCUCUCUGUCAGGCUUUUCUUGAUGCAGGUGUGCAAGCUGGCUAUCCUUUCUCAGACGAUAUGAAUGGGUAUCAGCAGGAAGGCUUUGGAUGGAUGGAUAUGACCAUUCACAAUGGAAAACGAUGCAGUGCCGCUGCAGCUUACCUUCAUCCAAUCAAAUCCAGGCCAAAUUUAUCCACGAAAACAAAUAUCUUGGCAAGGCGCAUUCUGUUUGAAGGAAAGAGGGCUGUAGGAAUAGAAUAUCUCAAGGAUUCUGGUGUUCAGAAGGUGUACGGUGAGGAAAUAAUACUAAGCGGUGGGGCAGUCAACUCUCCACAGCUCCUGAUGUUAUCAGGGGUUGGAAAUGCAGAUGAACUUUGCCAGUUAGAUAUCCCAGUGGUUCAGCACCUACCUGGAGUGGGGGAAAAUCUCCAGGACCAUGUAGAGGUGCUUGUUCAACAGGAGUGCAAACAGCCAAUUAGUCUGUACAAAGCCCAAUGGAAGUAUCCCCAUGUAAUGAUCAGGAUCGGUCUGGAGUGGUUCCUCCGACAGACAGGUGAUGGGGCCACCAAUCACUUUGAGACAGGGGCUUUUAUACGGAGCGAGCCAGGGAUAGAGCAUCCUAAUGUUCAGUAUCACUUUCUGGCUUCCAUCAUCAAUGACCAUGGGAGAGUAUCGGGAGAUAGACACGCUUACCAGGCACAUGUACAGAUACUCCGCCCAACAAGCAGGGGGUAUAUCAAACUAAAGUCAUGUGAUCCCCGUGAACAUCCAAGAAUAGUGCCCAACUACUUAACAACUGAACAAGACAUUAGAGAAAUGAGAGACUGCAUCAAGUUGACCAGAGAAAUAUUUCAACAGAAAGCAUUUGAUUCUUACAGGGGGCCUGAACUCACACCUGGAAAAGAUGUUCAAUCCGAUGAAGAAAUUGACGAAUAUAACCGAAACAUGAGUGAGACAGCUUAUCACCCAUCAUGCACCUGUAAAAUGGGAUCAGAGUCUGAUCCCAUGGCAGUAGUUGAUCCGACCUCUAGUAGGGUCUACGGUUUGGAGGGCCUAAGAGUUGUUGAUGCCUCCAUUAUGCCAAGUGUUGUCAGUGGUAAUCUCAAUGCUCCCACUAUCAUGAUAGCUGAGAAAACAGCAGACAUUAUCAUUGGAAAUAAGCCUCUCCCUAGGGCCAGUGCCCCUGUGUAUAAACCCAAGAGUCUUGAUUCCCAGCGAUGACAUUAAAUACCUUCUGUAGCAGCUCUACAAUGCUUUUCUUUCUGCCUGCAUGGUGCAAAUAUUUCAUAAACAUACUUUUCAAUUAACUGUGUGUUCUAAAGGCAUUGUUAAGUAUAUGUGUGUAAACAGCAAAUUCCUCCAUUGUACAUAUACAUUUGUACCUUAAUAUCUCAAAGAAAAAAGUUUAAUUACUCAAAUAAAGCUAAAAUUAUUUUUUGUUUAUGAAUCCAUACUUUUCACAUUCUUUAAAAUGAGUUCGUUUUCUAUUUCUUUGCAGACCAGUGAUUGAAACUUUAACUCUUUCAAGAUGCAUGUACUUAGAAAAGAGUCUCCAAUAUGACAUAUUUUUAGGAUACCAUUGAUGUACCACUACUUGUUUUGAUGAUUUGUUUAUCUUAUUUGUACAUCUACUUUAUUCUACAUUUACUUAUAUGUAAAUUCUAAUUGAUUAUUUCUUCAUGAUUUUGUGCAAUAUUCCUUUUGUUCCUCAGUCUCAUUGUUUGACAAUUAAAGAUUUAAAGUAAAACUA